UCAGUUUGGUCAAUAUCUUGAUGGCGGCGUCUCCUCUCCGUCACGGAGUUUAUAUCGCGCCCCUAUCUCAGUCCACCGUUCCUCUACCACUCGGUAUCGUGCGCUUCCACUCCAUGAUAGCUUCGAUGAUUCUUGGCCUCUCCACCGGCCGACUUUUGUCGUGUCCUCCUUUCGUCUCAUCCGCUCGCGACGGCACCAUCCGCAGAGGGGCCGCGCCCGGGUUGCCGUCUCCUUCCGCCCAAUCCUCCGAUGGCCUCCGAUCUCGACGCUCGUGGGGGAUCCCGCCUCGCCGAGUUGCCCCUGCGGUUCGCAGGCUCGCCGCUCCUCCCGCUAGGGUUUCGACCAAGAACGGCGCCUCCGGCGAGUUCUCGGAAGAGAGCGGGCCGCGGAACGCCAGCUUCUUGGAAUUCCUCACCUCCGAGAGGGUUAAGGUGGUCGCCAUGCUGGGCUUGGCCUUGGCCCUCUGCAAUGCCGAUCGCGUGGUCAUGUCCGUGGCCAUCGUCCCGCUCUCCAGAGCCCACGGCUGGACCCAGUCCUUCUCCGGCAUCGUUCAGUCAUCUUUCCUGUGGGGAUACCUCAUGUCACCUAUCGUUGGAGGAGCUUUAGUGGAUUAUUAUGGUGGCAAGCUAGUCAUGGCAUGGGGUGUGGCCUUAUGGUCAUUGGCUACUUUUCUCACACCUUGGGCUGCAGAGACUUCUUUAUGGACUCUACUUGCUAUGAGAGUUCUGCUGGGUGUCGCUGAAGGAGUGGCGCUACCAAGCAUGAACAACAUGGUGUCAAGGUGGUUCCCUCGAUCAGAGCGGUCUAGGGCUGUGGGCAUUGCUAUGGCUGGUUUUCAACUUGGCAGCGCAGCUGGAUUGUUGAUUUCCCCUAUCAUUAUGUCACGAACUGGUGUUUUUGGACCUUUUAUAAUAUUUGGACUAUUUGGAUUUCUUUGGGUGCUGGUAUGGGCAUCCGCAACAUCAAGUACGCCCGAGAGACAUCCCCAGAUAUCCAAGUCUGAGCUAGACUAUAUCGGACAGAGAGAGAAACAACCAGUAUCCAAAAUUAAGAAACCUGAAAAGAUAAUGAUUCCACCUUUCAAGAAAUUGUUAUCUAAGUUGCCUACAUGGGCCUUGAUUUUUGCAAAUUCCAUGCACAGCUGGGGCUACUUUGUCAUCCUUUCGUGGAUGCCAAUAUACUUCAAUACAGUAUAUCGUGUUGAUCUACGGCAAGCUGCAUGGUUCAGCGCACUUCCAUGGGUGAUGAUGGCUGUUUUAGGGUAUUUUGCUGGUGCUUGGUCAGACAUGCUAAUUCAAAAUGGGUUUAGUGUUACCUUCACCAGAAAAAUCAUGCAGUCGAUUGGUUUUUUGGGUCCUGGUAUUUCCCUUCUCGGUCUGAAUGUAGCAAAAAGUCCUUCUGUAGCUUCGUCUUGGCUUACGGCAGCUGUUGGGUUGAGUUCUUUUAGCCAUGCGGGCUUUUUGGUAAACCUCCAGGAGGUCGCCCCACGAUUUGCCGGUGUACUUCAUGGAAUGUCGAACACUGCUGGAACAUUGGCGGCAAUAAUGGGAACCGUUGGAGCUGGCUUCUUUGUUGAGAGAAUGGGUUCUUUCCAGGGUUUUCUAAUUCUGACGUCGUUGCUAUAUUUCAUUAGUACACUUUUCUGGGAUCUUUUUGCUACUGGAGAGCGCAUCCAUAUUAUUAUGGAUGAUGGUGGUGCUGAUGAAGAAGAAUCUUCUUGAUUAAGCAAUUUCAAUUUCAGGCUCUGCAUAAGACAAUUAUGUCAGUUGGAUAAAAAGUGCUACUACAAAGAUCAAUUGUUUA